AUUUCGUCGAUAAAACCAAAAGGCGAGCACUCCUGCAGAGAGCCAAAACGUGAGGCGCUCAAUAGCUUCCGCGAGACGGAGACAAUUCCGAGUGAUGAGGCCGACGGCGAUGGACUUCUUCAGCGACAUGGACGAUCAGGGCUCCACCAUGGCCAUGGACGUCGACGACGUUGACACACUCGAGGCCUUCGGCGAGGGCGUCAUGAGCGAGAGCAAGCUGGCCGACUCCGAUUUCUUCAACUCCUUCCAGGACGAUUUCGAUGACACCGACAUCAACUGAACCAGCAAGCCAGAUCGUCUUCUCCGUCGUAGGCAUGGAAUGGUUUGAUAUGAUUUGCUCUGUUUUCUAUUUGAGGAUUUAGGGUUUGGAAUUUUAGUAUGUGUUUUUGCAGUCUGUGAUUGUUCUGUGGAAUGAUUGAUGGGUUAAUCUCUGUGUGAUUUGCUGAUAAAUCAGUCCAUACCCGAAGGUAAUCGGUUGAUUAUGUCUGUUGAUAUGAAUUAUCUGUUUAGAGUUUGUUAGUUUUCUUUCCGUUAUUGGGGCUUUUGCGUAUGGUGCCAUUUUUUUGGUUGUUUGGAAUUGUGAGGAAUAGGAAAAGAGUAGUAGUUGUGUA